AUGUCAUUCAUACAACCGUCAAUCGAAGGACCGCCUUCGUCAAUCCAGGACCCGCGGGAUUGGACAGUCGAUCAGGUGAUAUUCGCCCUGACCGACCCUGAAAGCCGGCUGCUUACAGAAGAUGCGCGAUCGUCACUGCCAGAUGCCAGCAUCCUCGCCGAAAUCCUCCGCGAAAACGAUGUUACAGGGCUUGCCCUCCUCACAGAGGUCAAUACCUCUUCUCUACGAGAUGAUUUAGGGAUCAAGUCAAUGGGCCACAGGGCCACUAUCAAGCAUAUCAUCCAGGAGCUGCAAGAUAUGUCCCCGAAAUUUCAGGAGCAGCAGGCUCGGCGUUCUGCUAGGCUAUCGAGUGUGGGCUUGGGUUCACGAAUAGGAUCUCCAUAUCUUGCAACUCCAUCAUCCUUCGAGCCGCGAGCUGCCUCUAGGGCACUGGCAUUGACGACCUCCCCAUCCGCUUCGUCUGCGCAGGUGCAGAAUUACUCUGGGCCUGGUCAACCUCCAGCACAGCCUCGCGAUGACCUCAAGGAAGGGCCUGAGCUCCAAAGACUUGAUCGACCGAAUACAAUCACAUUCCGCUCCUUGGAAGAUAUGCAAGUUGGAGAAGGCUUGGGAAUCAACAUGACUGAAGGAAAAUUAUAUGAGGUCAAGCCUCAAGAGACCAGGAACAAUCCCGGCGUGAUAGCUUUGGUUCACGAGGAACCUUUGAGCAACGCGAAGAAUGCUUCUAACACAGAGCAAGCUGAACGACUUGGUCUUCAAGACGAGACUAUCUUCGUCGAUGACACAGGAAAGAAAAGGCGGCGUUUGGUCCUAGCCCAGCCUAGUGCCUCAGGACCAACACAGACCAUUGCACCGAAGUCGUCAACUUUCGAUGAACCACCCAGCUCCCCGGAGACUCUUCGAAAAGACACAAACGCAAAUACAUCCUUCGAGUCGAAUGUCUUAUCAAUUUCUGACUGUCCAAACUUUGAUGACGAGCUUUUACAGGAGUCCCGGAAGCCUCCCGUUCUUGUGGAGGCGGCCACGUCGAUGUCAGGUUCCGCACUGGACUCAGUAGACGCGGCGGCAGAGCCUGGAGCUGUAUUGAUCAAUGAUAAUGGACAAAAGCGAAUGAGACCCUUCCUGGUCCACGAAGCCGAUCUCGACUCUGAAGAUCGGCAAACCGUUAAGCCAAUUCUGAAGAAGGCGAAUGACACCGUCGGCUCGUCUGUACCAGAUUUGCGAGAGGUCGAACAUACAGAACACCUAUUGCAGCGGUCAUACGGGAAGAAAGCUAAGAGAAAGGCAGACCAGAUUUAUCUCGGAUUCGAGUCGAUGCCCAUUGACAAUUUGGUCUACGGCGAUGUCGCUCUGGGCAAGGAUUUGGGCAAAGAUCAGGCGGUGGGAACCUCGUCACAAUUAGUACCACCAGAUGAGCCUGAUGACUUCAACAUUGCUCCCAACAACGAUGUCGCUAAAGGCCAACGCCUAUACGUCAAUGCCCGUAUGAAAUACCUUCUUAGGGGCCAAAGAGUAUCACUGGAGCGAGACGGACGUGGCCAUGUUGGAGUUAUCCCUUACCCUGAUAGGAUUAGCAAGAAAAACUGCCCUCUGUCCAUCACCGUAUUUUCCCCGUCUUCCCAGGGUGUCAUAGCAUCAAGAGCGAAUCGUUCAAAGUGGACCAUAGACAAAGUCGUCCCCGACGCAACAGAGGUCCAUGGAAGGACAGGCAACGUGUUCAACGUUGCUGACCCGGCUCUUGCCCGAGAUGAGAGCGAAGAUCCCGAGUGGAAGGCCCUUGAGAAGUGGAACUUCAUGGAUGGGAAAGAUGAGGUUCUUCCUGUGUACGGUGAUUCGGAUUCUGAGGGAGAAUACGAUCUUGAGACAUGGCGUGAGAUGGAGAAAGAACGAGGGAAGAUCGCACGGCCACUAGGUCUGUCAAAAAGUGUAAAGCUGACAAGCGCGGAGAUUCAAGGCGCGAUCGAUGUUGCAGUGGAGCAGAUCGUCUGCGAGUGGACUCUCAAGAGGCUGCCAAAGCUUAAAUUCAAGCAAUGGCGUCUAUGGGCGAAAUCCAGACGAAAUCGAGAUUCACGAAACCAGAUUGAGUCGUUCACCCAUGAGUUCGAGAAGCUUGAAGCUCGUAUCGCUGGUCUUCGAAAGGAGAUUGCUCAAGAGGAAUGGUCAAAGUCCAGUCAAAUCAACAAACAAUGCAAAUCCAUGCAACACUCUAUCUUCGACCGUGAAGACUACAAAUGGAAGAUCGCCACAUUGCAAUUGCAGAAAGCGCCCGAGAAACUGCCGCCUGAAACAAGACAACCCAGGCGCGCCAAGAGCCUAGGGCCUGGGGAGAUACUCAAAGAUGGCGAAGAGAUACUUACGGCUGAUACCGAAACCCCAGACAGUUCAGAAGAUGACUUGGAGGACUUCAUCGUCGAAGACGACGCCGACGAAGACAUCUAUCAGCCUGUAGUUGUUGAUGAUGACCUAACGAUGGCCGAUGUCGAAGAUGGCAUUGACUCCGACACUUUGAUCGUCGAGGGGCCAAAGCCAAAGACACCAAUUAAGCGAACCGAGAAAUUCGGUCAGCCUGCACCUUCUCCGUCCAGUGUCAUCGACUUGACUCAGCAAUCAGAUCCUGUGGAACCAGAAAUCUCCGCUCCGAAGCACGAGCCUUCUUAUGCAAUCCAGACGCCGCCUCUGUACAGCAGCGAAAAUGACAGCGAGAUAUUCCAGCGCAGUCGCAGUAAGAAGCCUGUAUUUAGGAUGCCUCCUACGGUGCCCAAAUCUCCAACCAAGACCACGGAAAUCAUUUGCCUAGAAAGUGACUCCAACGACUCCGUGGGAUAUCGAAAUCUUGAUCCACCUAAUCGAUUUCCAGCAUUGGACGAUGUUGACAAAAUCAGGAAUAUGAAUGCUGCCGAGUUGGUGGAAAGGCAGGACAGAAAGCGACUACUGAAAUGGAUGGUGGCCCAUGCAUCAGUAUCCCAACGACAGUCUGCGUUUAGCUACUUAAAUCAAACGAGCAUGGAAGUCUCUCGCGCGAACGUGGUAUCAGGCCUUACAGAGCUUCGCAAUCACAAGCGACGCCUAAAAAACAUGGACAAGGAAGACUCAGACAGCAUCAUGCGGGUUGCCACAUGGCGUGUUUGCUGGACGAUACCUGUGAAGAUAACACCUGAAGGUCUUCAGACCCCCCAUAUCAUUGCAACUUUGGAGGACGACGGAUACGAGCUUUUCUACGACUUCUUGCUCGAAUGUUUGCAACAUUACCAGAUUGCUCCUGCUCUUCCCAAUCGUAUCAAGUCGAAAAAGAAGCGACUCCGGGUACUUCGAGAAGAAUCUGACGAAAGUCCACAAGAGAGCCCGUUUCGGAAGAGAAAGUACCUUGUGACAGAGAGUCAAGAAACCCUAGACAAACGACAAGCCGCUCAAGAAAGAAUGCGUGGCGACGAAGAGCGCCGUCGGCGAGAGGAACUGAAGUCCAGACUCUCCAAAAUGAGCUCUCAGGCGGGUGAUCCACUGGAAGUCAUCGUCAACCCCGGCAAACUUGAGGAUGAGGAAUUUGUCCGGCUUAACCCUGCCUUUGGAAAUGGAGCUCGCUUGAAACCACAUCAAAAGGAGGGCUUACAGUUCAUGUGGCGGGAAAUCACUGGCGAUCAUCAAAACCUACAAGGAUGUCUGCUUGCUCAUGCUCAGGGGCUUGGAAAGACCAUGCAGGUCAUCUCGCUGCUGGUCACCAUCGCAGAAGCAUCGAUUUCUGAAAACAAGGAUAUCCGUCAACAAAUCCCACUCGAGCUUCGCGAAAGCCGAACCCUCAUACUAUGCCCAGUCACAUUGGUAGAGAAUUGGUGGGACGAGCUUUUGAUAUGGCCUCCAUCAUCGUCCAAUUCUCUUGGCAAGCUUCGGAAAGUGAGCUCGGCAAUCGGACUCCCUAUACGCCUCAAUGAAAUCCUAGCCUGGAGUAGUGAAGGUGGUGUCUUGAUACUUGGAUAUCCUACUUUCACAGAAUUGAUCCAGAACAAAUCGCGGGCAAACAGACCACCUGCGCUUGACGAAUCCCAGCAUCAGAGGAUCAAGAAAGCUCUGCUAGAAGGCCCCAGUCUCGUCGUAGCCGAUGAAGCCCACAAUUUCAAGAAUCGAGCUUCAGAUAUCAAUCGAGCCAUCAAUCAGAUCAAGACUACGAGUCGGAUCGCACUCACGGGGACUCCAUUGGCUAAUCGUCUCGGAGAAUACUAUUCAAUGAUUGACUGGAUUGCGCCAGAUUACCUGGGAAAGCCCGCAGAGUUUCUUGCAACUUACGAAGAGCCCUAUCUACGCAGGACUGUACCGAGACAGUUCCGAUUCGCAGUACCGAGAGUCUCGGAAGAGGUUGAAAGCUUUGGAAUUGGAGCUGGAGCCGAAGGUCCAUCGAAGGGGAAACGCAGUUCUGCAUGCCGAGUUGAAGGGUAA